GAAAGGGCCUCAGGCUGCUCGUCUCGUCAUUCACGGCCAGUGAGCUUUGCCAAUCGAAACGGCGAAGUUUCGAAAGUCCUGCGCGACGACGAGAGAGCAGCGUUCGCGCGUCAGCCAGUGGCACGCAUGGCCGAGACGAAGGAAGCGACGCGACCGGAGGAGAUCCACCUCGACGUGCGCUCCGCCGAGGCCGCCGCCGCCGGCCGCACCGUCACCGUCGCGUUCAAGAAGCGCCGGCUGGGCCUCGACCUGGCGUUCGACCCCAAGCGGGGCGGCGCCGUGCUCGCCGACGCCGUGCCCGCGAAGGGGUUGGCGAAGGGCAUGCGCCUCGUCGCGAUCGACGGCGAGGCGCUCCGCGUCGAUUCCGACGAGUCGUUCCAGGCCCUGUUUUUCCGGUUGGCGGACGGGCCGCGGCCCGUGCGCAUCGCCUUCGGGGACGCGGCGCCGCCGCCGUCGCUCCCCGCGGCCUACGUCGUCCCGGCCGUCGACCUGGAGGCCGCGGACGUGGCGGCGAAGGACGUGCUGCUGGCGCUGGGCGGCGGCGACGCGUUCGUCCUGCGGGGCGCGCUGUCGCGGGAGCGGCGGCGCAGCGUCGUCGCCGUGCGGCGCGCCGCGGGCCGGUGCGACCGGCUGGGCGCGCCGGGCGACUCGGUCGUGGCCGUCGGCGCCGCGGUCGUCGUGCCGGACGCGGAGGCGCGCGACGUCCGCGGCGCGCUCCGGCGGGCCCUCGCGCGGAGCGGGCCGCAGCGCAACGUGACGCUCGUGCCCGGCUCGCGGGGCGACGUCGUCUACACGGUGAAGCUGCCCGCGCCCCGGGUGGCGGACGAGGCCGACCUCGCCGACGACGACACGCUGCGGCGGCGGUCCCACGGCAAGUCGUCGCGCCGCUCGAGCGUGGAGGACCUGCUCGCGGAGUUCGCGCGCGAGCGCGACGACGCGCCCGCGACCGCCACGGAGGCGUGGGGGCUGACCCUCCGGCGGGACGGCGACGUGCUGCGGGUGGACCGCCUCCGGGCGCGCGGGCUGGCCGCCGCCGCGGCGGUCCGCCCGGGCGACGUGGUCGUGGCGCUCGACGACGACGUCGGGCCGCACCGCGACCUCCUGGCGUUCGCGUCGCGCUGCGAGGCGGCCGCGAACCGCGCGCGCGACCGGAACACGCACGUGGCCCUGACCCUGGCCUCGGACGCGCUCCCGCGCCACCUCCUCCGGCCCCCGUUCCAGCCCGCGCUGCCGCCGCCGCCGCGGCGCGCCUCGUCGCCCCGCCGCCGGACCGUGUCCUCGCGGCCGGACCUGCGCGUCGACGUCGACCUGAGCGCCUCGGAGUCGAAGCGCCUGGGCCAGCUGCGGCGGCUGCUGCGCGCGGGCGUGGGCGCGCUCAACCACGCGUCCGAGGAGAACUCGUUCAAGCGCCCGCGGCCGGUCAUAAUCAGAGAGCACGGCGCGUUCGCGGGCUUCGUCGUGGAGCCCGCGCGGAGCCGGCCCGUCGUCGUGGCCUUCUCCCGGAUCACGAGCGUGGAGAUGCCGUUCGCGCCGCGGCCCCGCGUCGAGGACGCCGUGCUGGCGGCCUCGCUCAGCGCGCGGUUCCGGACCGAGGCCGGCGAGCCGCGGACCCUCGACCUGGCCUUCCAGAGCGCGGCCGUGGCGUACAUGAUCGCCGACGGCCUCGAGCUCGCGCGGCGGCAGGCCGCGCGGCCGCCCUCGCCGCGGGCCUCGGCCCUCGAGGCGCUCCACGACCCGCCCGCGCGGCCGCCGCAGCGGCGCCUCCAGCGCCUGUCGAACUACGCCGCGCCCCUCCUCAUGGACGGCGACGCGCCGCAGCGGACCUGGUGGUCGACGCUGCGGGGCGGCGUGGUCGUGGAGCUCUACUACGCCGACGACACGUACGCCGUCACGACGCCGCUGGGCGACGUGCCGAUCCACAGCACGGCCUUCGGCGAGGGCCAGUACUGCCGCUGCGUCGUCGUGCGCCGCAUGCGCGCCGGGCGGCGGCGGGGCAAGCACUGGUACGUGCUGCGCUACAAGGACGGGCCCUACGACUGCGACCAGCGGCGGACGGGCCGGCGGAGCGAGCUGCCCCGGGGGACGCGGUUCGUGGGCGUCCCGCGCGACUGCUGCGUGCUGACGUACGAGAACCAGCGCCUCUACUGGCCGAUCGUGCUGCUGCUGGUCACGGGCGCGCAGGUCGCGGCCUUCGUCAUCUUCGCGCGGCGCGAGCACGGGUCCCUGGGCGCGGUCAACGCGGGCUCGCCGACGGUCGGGCCGUCGGUGCUGUACAUGCGCGUGACAGGCCCCUUCCCGGCGUGCUUCGACGCGCGCAACCAGCUCUGGCGGCUGUGGACGUACCAGCUCGUGCACGUCGGCUGGUACCACCUCGGCGUGAACUGCGCGAUGCAGCUCUUCUUCGGCGCCUCGGUGGAGAUGGUCCACGGCCACCUCACGCUGCUGUGCGUCUACAUGUUCGGCGUGGCCAUGGGCGCCCUCACCUGCGCCUUCGCGGACGUGCACCGGGCCGUCGUGGGCGCGUCCGGCGGCGUGUACACGCUCAUAGGCCUGCACGCGGCGGACGUGCUGCUGAACUUCCGGAGCAUGGCCGACCGGUCGCGGCGCCUGGUGCGGGCCCUGAUCUGCACCGCGGUGCCGGCGCUGGACAUGCUCGUGUACCUGUUGGUCUACAGCGACGCGGACACGUCGUACGCGUCGCACGGCGGCGGGCUCGUGGCGGGCUUUCUGCUGGGCCUGGUCGUGCUGCGGCCGGUCGACGAGUCGCGCUGCCACUACUACGUCGUGCGGCCGCUCGCGCUGCUGCUGCUGCUGGCGUACGUCGUGUUCGCGCUCUUCUGGCACCAGACGGUCUACCCCCCGGAGUACCUGUACAACGGGCCCUUCUGGCGGCGCGAGAGCUGGGGCGCGCCCGACGACUCCCCGAACUGCUGCUGGCGCCUCUACGGCUGCUCGGCCAUCGCCGCCGAGGACUACCGGCUGUUCAACUGCGACGACGACCGGCGCCUGACCAUCUCCCUCGCGUGGGACGACGCGGCCUUCUCGGAGGAGCUGACGACGUGCGACGCGCUCAAGUCGGCGCUGGACGUGGCGCUGGAGAUCCGGGAGGAGUUCGACGACGUCUAG